AUGAACAGCAUCGCCAACAGCCUUAGCAGCAACAGCAACAGCAGCACCACCACCAGAAGCAGCCUCAGCAUCUACAGUCUGAGCAGCAACAGCCUCCGCAGCAGCAGCAGCAGCCCCAGCAGCAGCAACAGAAGCAGCUGCAACAGCAGGAACAGGAGCAGCCCCAGCAGCCGCCCCAGCAGCAGCAGCAACCCCAACAGCAGCUCCAGCAACAGCCCCGGCAGCAGCCCGGGCAGCAGCCUCAGCAGCAGCCUCAGCAGCAGCCUCAGCAGCAGCAACAGCAGCAGCCCCAGCAGCAGCAGCAGCAGCAGCAGCAGCAGCGGACUGCAAUGCGUGACGAGCCUCUCUCCUUCUGUGGCGGCACGCCGAGGCCGAGCACAGCUUUCACUGUCUCCAGUGACCCCCCAGCAGCAGCUGCAGCAGCAGCAGCAACAGCAGCAGCAGCAGCAGCAGCAGCAGCAGUUCACUAGAAUUCCGUUGCUUAAGGCCAGAGAGCAGUCAAUUCAGCAGAGUUGGCGUCAGCAACAGCAGCAAAUGCUGCUGCUACACGAGCAGCCAUCAUACGAAGCAUCAGAAGCAGCAGCAACAGCAGCAACAGCAGCAACAGCAGCAACAGCAGCAGCAGCAGCAGCAGACCCUGGUGCAGCACAGUAUUGCCGUAGGCGUCCUUAG